GCUUCCAAGCGUUUCCUCCUAUCAGUUAAGGACGUCAUUAGCAUUGGCAUUUUAUGUACAAGCUGACCUACUUUGCUGUGCUGCAAGAAGAGAUUUUAUUUGUAGUAAACAAUGCCUUCAAUAAAAUUAAAGAAGAAGACUCAGGAAUACUUGGCUGAAAAAGAAAGAAGCAAACAAUUAACCAAGGAACCUGAAGAAGAAAAAGAAACAGAAACAGAAAAAAAUAAGAAAAAAGACUUAAAGCCAAAGAAAAAAGAAAAACCACCAGUGCCGGAAGCAGAAGUGCCAUUGAUUUUAGAAAAAAGAAAAAGAACUGUUCCACCUGGUGAACAGCAGCUGACUGACUGGCUAACAGAACAUGUAGAGUCUAGGGAAGGAGCAUCUGUAUCUUACCAGACCUUGUUUGAAUACUUCACUGAUUUCUGUGCACAACAGAAUAUCCCGGUUACAGUAGAUCCAUCACAGUUUAACAGGAGUGUGAAAGAUAAGUUUGGAAAGGAAGUUGGAAUCAAAGAAUCAUCACCUUACAAGGGAUUAAUCAGAGAAAUAAAAGCAAAACCCAAGUCUACAAAACCCAAGGCAGAAAGUCUGACCAUGAAAAUGAGAGAUAUUGUGGAGGAAAUUCUAAAAGAGACUGGAAAUCCUACAAAUGGAGUGAGAUUUCCCAAUAUAAAAGUAGCCACUGCAAACAAAUAUCCUGCUCUACAAGUGGAUUUACAGCCACAUAAAUUGUUGCAAGCUCUGGAGCGGGGAGUUUAUUAUGGACGUAUUGAACUGGUGAAAGGUACAGGGAAAUGUGGGUUUUACAGAUUAUUUGGUGCUGAACCAAGGGAAGACAUCAAAGAAAAAGAAGAGAAAGAGAAAGAAAAGGAAAAACAAAAGAGGGAAGAAAAACUUCAGAAGAAAAAAGAAAGAAAAGAAUCAGAAAAAGAAAACAAGGAGGGAGAUGAAGAACCAGACCAAACAGAGGGAGAGACGCCAAAGAAAAAAGUUUCAAAGAGAAAAUUAGAAGAAAAGGGAGAUGAAAAAAAGGAAGAACCCCAAAAGAAAAAAAAGAAAAAACGACAUAUUAAAAAACCAAAAUGGGAGAAAACUGAUCCACACAGUAACCCUGAGAAGAUAGAUGAUACAUUUCCUUUAGCCUUUACUUACUGUAGUGAACCUAAAGAGGCCUCAUUUGGCAAAAUCAGGAAAUAUCUCAUUGAAAAUUAUCCAAGUGUAAAUGCUGAAACCAGACUGAAACCAGCUAUUGAGAAAGGAAUAGAAAAAGGAAUAUGGGAACAGUCAUCAGGAAACAGUGUUGGUCAGGGAUCUUAUCGUCUACUGCUAGAUGAUUUUGAUCCAGAAUCAAGUAAAACCAUAGAUGACAUGAUCUGUCAGGCCAUUGUAGCCAGUCAUGAACCUAAACAGUCCACAGUUAUUAGAAUCAAACAGUACAUCAUGGACUAUCAUCCUGACUUCAAUAUCGAAUCUCGACCACACAAGUUCAAAACUGCAAUGGAAAGGGCAUUGAAAAAUGGUGUAAUAAGACAAAUAACAGGAAUUGGAAUGAGCGGUACAUUCCAGCUUGCAAAACCAUUUAUUCCUCCCCCUAGAACACUGGCUGGAGUAGAAGAUCUUACGGAAGACUGGAUUGGUGAUGAAGGAGUCUCAGGAGAGAAUUAUGUUGUUCGUAAAACAAAGUCAGGACGAUAUGCAGGAAGACAGGCCUAAUAAUCUGUUUCCGUGCAUUUUAUACUAAGGCAGCAUCAUUAUUUGUAUGGUAGUCAGUUGCUUGCUGUGCAGGAGUGAAAGACAUCACAUGACUUAUUUAAAGGGUCAGCUGACUCAAAACAUAUAAGUUGGAAGUUGUUCAUUGCAUUGGAUCAUCACAGUAAACCAGGGUCAAACCCUAACAUUCGUGUUGAUAUGAUUGGAUAUCAGCUAUUGUUUAUUUGUUGUAUUAUGUAGUGAUUUGCUGGAUAUUCUUCUUCCAAAUGAUGCUAUUGAAAUUGUCCUAAAAUCUGAGGUUAUUAGUAAAAUUUUCAUUUUUGAAUACAAUAUUUUAUGGCUAUUAUCUUUAAUAAAAAGAGUGGUAUGGGUCAUUAGUUUGCAGACAUAUUAUAACUUCUAGCAGUGUUGAAUAUGAAACACAUGUUUCUAAAGUACCAAACAGUUUCAUUUUCAACUAUAUCAUUGUGUGUAAAACAAGCCAAAAUAUUUAAAUUUGAUUAACCAAAUUAUUUUAUAUGAAAAUAUUACUUUUGAAGAGUGCAAUAAAUUUAUAAUUUUUAGGAUGAAAAUGAAUAAAACCUUGACUAAGGCUUUGUAUAGUUUUGCUGCUUAUGAUAAAUCCUCAAGUUUUUGUGUAUGUGAGGUCACUUCAUUUAUUAAUCAUGUAAAAGCAUUGUGGUCAGCAUUGUUAUGUUUAUUCACUAAAAGAAGCUUUAUGUUUUGUUAAUGAGAUAUAUAUAAAACAUUAUUUUUUGUGAGUACAUUUACUAGUCUGCCUGUCCGGUAUUGAUUUAAUAGAUACAAGGAUCAGGUAAUCACAAGCCACCUUCUUCAUCCAUUGCUUUCAAUAAAAACAUGCCUAAUGUCACAAAAUAUGAUGGAGACAAUUGUGGUCAUCGUAAAUCUUAUUACUUGAUGUCAGUUAUAGACAGAAUUUAUAUAGAAUGCACGUGCAGAUGUUUUUGUAAAGAUAACAACUUAAACAUUGCUACUACACCUUAGUAUAAUGGGUUAACGGUUGCCCAGAUGACAAGGGUCAAUUCUAGAUUUCACAAAUAUCAGAAUUUGCUGUAAAGAAUUUAAUGAAUUAUGGGUAAUGGGUUAUAUUUACUAGAGUACAGUAAUAUACAUGUAUUCUAGUUGGUUUUGAUAUCUGGAACAAUGGAUAUUUAGCCAGUUGUGUAACAUUAUUUAUAUUGUGAGCAUUUAAAUGAAAUUACUGAGAGUCCUAUUUUCCUAUAGUUUAUACAAUGAUGAAUUGGCAUUCAGAUCAGUUUGAUAUUUUCGUUUUAUGUUUCUAAAAGCAAUGUACAUUUCAUUCUAGUUAAAAUUAGCAUUGAUCUUUAUGAAGGGCAUUUUAUAAGCAUGAUAAGUGGUUUUUUUUCAUAUCAGAAUUAUGAUCAUGUUUAUUGUAUAAUUGGUAACAAACUUGAUAAAGACUUACAAUUAAUGGCUUUAAUUUUCCUUUGAAUGUCAUUUCUUUUGACUGAUCCUAAAUGUUUUUACUACCAUUCAACAAAUAUAUUCAUACCUUUAUAAAUAGAUAAUUUUUAUUGUGGUUUUACACAGAACUCCAAUGAAAUUAAUGCAAACAUUUUCUUUGUUUUUCCUUUUUUGAAGGUGUUACAUUGUUAUAUAUUUAGUAUGCAUAUUUUUUUUAAUUGAUGGUCGUUCACAAGAAAGUUUUUUAUUCACAAAUUUCUGCAAACAUGGCUGCAUAUGCAGAAAAGAUCUUUUUUUAAGAGAAAACAUGAUAAACUGAUUAAAUGAUUGUCAGAAUUAUGUUAUAUACCAAAUAUUAGUAAUGCAGGCUCCUUGAAGCUCAAGUCUGUUUAGAUAUUAAAUAUAUAACCUUUUUUUGUUUAUUUGUUUUUCAAAAGACUGUAAUUUUAUGACUGUUAAACUUGUUCUGUUGUUUUAUAAAAUAUACUGAUUUUAUUUUUUAUCAAAUACUGCUUAUUUUGCUUCUACAGACUUUUCAUAUUCAGAUAUUUUAUGUAUUAAUUUUUUUGUUUUCUUGUUAUAAUAAAAAUUAUUAUAUAUAUCAAUAAUAUUUGAUAAUUUAUGUGUAUACAAAACUUUUUGAUAGGUUAAGAAGCAAUGAAUGAUUUAGAUCUUCAUUUUAAUGUGUUGAGCACUGCCAAAGUAGUCUUUAUAUCAAUAAUUAGAAAAUGUAAUUCAGUGUCAAAAAUAAAUCAUUAUUGUCACACAA